UUUCAAUUUCUCUCUCCCUCUCUCUCUUUCAGGGAGCAGUGCAUUUUCAGGAAGGCAAUGAAUUUGAAGUUCUCAUCAACAUCACUGCUCCUACAGUAGAAGAUGCCUAUUCUGUCCAUAUUGAGCUGGUUGAAUAUAAAGAGGGACUUUUGCUUCAGUUGUAUCAAAGACCACUGAAUGGACAUGUGCCUGGUCUAAAAUGGGUUUUCCUAACAGUAGGCAUUUCUACAAUGAUAUCAUUCUUCUUUGCUUUGAUUUGUGCUAAUUCAUGGAAUAAAUCCCAGGGGUUUUUAGAUGUUAGUGGUCAGCCUACAGAGUGCUAUGAUAUGACACAACAGCCCAUGAUGUAUAGAUCCCGCAACAGUAUGUAUUUAGCAUCACAGGGUGGUGACCUACCUCUUCAUGCUGAAGAAGAAGCUGACAACAAUCAAAAUGAAGAUACAUUAAAAGGUGUUCCGGAGAUGCCUGAGGAAGAAGAAGCCGAAGCUCUUAGAAUGGGUGGAGGUAUGCUACUACUUCAUGCAGAAGAAGAAGAAGCUGACAUCUACCAGAAUGAAGAUACAUUAAAAGGUGUUCCCGAAAUGCCAGACGAGGAGGAGGCAGACACUCUUAGAAUGGUAUGAUAUUGCUACUGAAGUUUUCGAAUUCAAAUAGAUAUUGGUCGUCUACAUCUCCUUGCCAAAAUGUUUGAAAAUAAAGAUCCCAGUUCAAAUAUUUAGGUUGAUGGUUUUUGUUGUAUAUAUUUUUGUCAACUUUAGGUAUUGAUUAUAUGAAUUUAGGUUGGCAGUCUUUUCCAGUUCCCUGCAAAAAUUAGUAUCAUAUAAAAAAGCUUUAAACUUUUAUUAGGGAAUUUUGGGGGAGAAAUCAAGUGAUAGGAUAGAUUUCAAAUAGAUAUUAUCAUACCAUAAGCUUCAAAUAAAUGAAAUGAUGGCAAUCUGGAUUGUUCUAAGUUGAUAAAUAAUUAGACUUCAAUGAAAAUUAAAACUGAGUAUAGAUUUCAAGAAAUAUUAGUGAUUUAUGAUGAUAGGAAAAAAAAAAGUAUAUUUAUAUUAUUAUCAUUAAACAUAAUUAAAAAUUAAAUGUUUUGUAUUGAGCAUGUAAAAGUAUCUAAAAUUUACUAUAAGUAAAGAAUGAAUUUCUCACAUACAUAUGAGUCAUUAAGAUAACAUCUUUUGAACAACAAAACCUCCUUAAUCCUUAAUAAUAGUUUGGAAAGUAGUCAUCAUUAAAUUUUGGAGUGUUUCAUAACCAAAGUGAAGUUUUCAGCUACUUCUCUAAGUAAUGCAAUAAUUUAAAUAUGUAAGCUCUUCAUUAUGUUUUAAAAUUUCUCUUAGUACAGUCCAUCUUGUAUUCUUAAUAUAUGAAAACAGCACUUUGCAAAUGACAAUCACCUUUCCAUGAACUUAGAAGCAUGAAAGCAGAUCAACAGAAUUAUGCAUGUGGAAAUGCUAAACACACUCACACACUUUCCCUAUCUUUCUCUUUCACAUAUGUACACUUGUGCAUUGUUGCUUAUACUACUGAGUUUAAUACAUCAUGUUUUAUGCUGCCACAUUUGAAAAUGAUAAUAUAGAAAAAAGAAGUGAAAUUCCUUUUUACAUUACAUCUUUAU